AUAGAGCACCGACGCUCUGUUGGGCGGAUAGUGGGCUCUUCGCAGGACAAAAUCCAAUUGAUUACUUAAAAAACGGUCCCACCCAUUUUAAAGCACACACACUGUGUAUACACACUCUUAACUGCCUAUACACACAGUUCGGUGCAGUAGGAGCAGCGAGCGCAUCUGGCUGACACGGUGGCAGACUGUUUCUGUAUUUUUUUCUUAAGGUGGAUAUCGCUUGACUUGCAAAGGUGUAACCCGUUGAACGCCAGUUGAAAAGCCUGUGUCUGAAGGUCUCGACUAGGCAAAAACAUGGGAAACGAGAACUCCAAGGACAGCGAGCUGACAGAGAAUGGGAAUAUUUCUGGGAAGCAUAGUAAUGGAUCAGUGAACGGCCUCUCUGCAAACAUCACAUCAAAUGGAUUGAAGAUUGCUGUUAACCCUGAGACCGUGAUUCAGCAAACUGGCGAGCCCCUCUCUUUAGAACUUGCCACAGAGCCUGAACUCCCUGAAACCAUCGUUCAUAAGAAAGAGGUCAAGAAAGGUAAUGAAGACCAAACGGAUGUAAGUCUUCCUGCCACCAAUCCACAGCCGGAGGCAGCAUCAGAAUCAGCAACGGUGCCAGAGAGCGUGACUCCAGACCCGGGUCCCGAGAAAGAAAAAGCUCCUGAAAGUGACAACGGAAAGGACAGUAACCCAGAAGAGAAUCCAGUUAUGAACUUCUUCAAAACACUAGUGCCUCCCAAAAUAACCAAAAAGGAAACAGCUACUCCUCGUGCCACAAAAGACCAGUCCCAGAUGGAGACCCAACCAGCAGUUACCACUACUGUUGCACAAGUAUCUGAGCCGCCCGCAGCACCCAAAGGAAUGUCUUACCCGCCACCACCUCCUCCCGAGCCACCGAGACUGGAAAUCAAGGGAGAACCAGCUGCCAAACCUGUCAAACCCACCCCCAAAGAAGAACCCAAAGCUGCUGCGAAGGAAGCCGAGUCCCCAAAAAGGAAAUCAGCCAGAGUCGCUCUGAGCAAAUUCUUCAGUCCAAAGGUACUGAUAGGUGUCAAGGCAUCCAAAGGCAAGGGUGCUUCAGCAAGUGGAGGCAAAGCCCCGGCCAAGGCCCAGGCUGCAGCAGCGACAAUCAAAGAUGCACCAGCAGUAGACGUCCAGGACACACCAGUGGUGCCACAGCCAGUUGUAGAAGUCCAGAGUGAAAAUAAGGUUGAACCACAUGAGACAACGGAGGAGGUGACACAGCCAGUUGUAGAAGAGCAGACGGUGGAGGAGGUACCACCGCCAGUGGUGGAAGCUGAGAAGGUGGAUCCCUCAAAAGCCGGCACUCUGGAGGCUGCUGCAAAGCCAGAACCGCCACCGCCUGUCCAGGAAGCAAAGAAAAGCGCCUCAAAAUCCUCCUUCCUUUCUCGCUUCAAGCCUAAAGUACUGUUAGACAACAUGACCACAAAAGUCCAGGCAGCCUCCACAAGUGGAGUUUGUCUCCUCAGGAGAACAACUGGAGUGGCUGCCGGUCCCCAGAAGGCGAGCCCUGCCCCCGCCGCAGGAGCAGAGCCAGUCAAAGCCAAAGAGGAACCCAAAGCAGCAGCCAAGUCCUCAGAGGCGGUCGUAGACAACAAACCAGCCUCGGGGGCCCCCCAAGCCGGAGACGAUGCAGCCAAUGUGCCCAGGAAACUGGAGAAGAGGAACUCAAUCCAGCUGUUCUUCAAACAUCUGGGUCAGAAACGUAACUCGACAGAUGCCGGGGUCCAGACAGAGCCGGUCCCUGUUGCUCCAGCAGCUGAGAAGGCCAAAUGAAACCAAAGCCAACAAUAAAGUGUCCCUGUACAGACUUCCCCUCUCUCUUUCAUGCUCUUACUCAAUCUUUAUCUCUCACUCUGUCUCAUCUCCCUUUCAACUCUUCUUGUAUUGCUUUAACUCCUUUUUUUUGGGUUACUGUUCAGAAGUUACAUAAUGGAAGGAAAAGUGACAUGAAGGGUAAAAGCAUGUUGUGAGAAAGACCAACAGUGGGGCAGGUGAACAUGUGGCGAUUUGAAAUGGUCAAAGGCGAAGUUGUUGAGAUAUAUAUACAGUACAUAUAUUUUUUUGUCUUGACAAGUAUAGCAAUGGGAGUGUGAAACCUUUUCUACAGACAUUCAAUGUGACUUCUCUCUGUUCUUGCGACCAAACACACUUGGGCUUAGGCAAUAGUCAGUACCAUGCUUUGCUUUAAGCAAUUACUUUGUCAAAAAGGUUCUAUUUUUUACAGUUCAUAGCUGAAAAAUCACUUGUGGCUAUGCAGAGGUUAAUAUGAAUUCACAUUGAAAUAACAUCUAUAUGGCAUUAAAAUCAAAAACGCUAACAGAGCUGAUAAGGAGCAUUUUCGUAUAACACACUGCACUUACAUAUUUUGUAACUUUAUGAAAGCUAUAUGUUGACUCAAGCGCAUAACAGUCAUGUAUUGGGCCUUAUGGGAAAAAAUCACAAUCUUUACUGUUUCUGUGGGGAACUGAUUGUAAGUGUAACAAAUCCAUCUGAUGUGGCAAAAUGGUGUCGCUGUGUCACUGUGUCCUUGUGUCUGUUGAUUAGCUUUUAAUUUAAUUGGAGCACUUUGUGUCGUGGAAUUUAUUGGGAAUUUAUUUGUGUUUGGCGAGUGUGCAAUUAAUAUCAUGCUUAUGUUUGCCUAAAUGUACUGUCAUGUGCGCGUGCAUGUGUAACUUCAGCUAUCUCGAAGACAAUAAAACAUGUUCACGGUU